AUGGUGCUGGGACAGGCACGUCUGUUUGUGGGGCAGCUGAACUUUGAUGCAACCGAGGAAGACGUCUGCGCCCUUUUUGACUUCUACGGAAAGGUGCUCCACGUGAAUAUACUUCGCGACAGGACAACCAACCGCAGCAAGGGAAGUGCAUUUGUGGAGUACGGAUCGACGGAGGAGGCCGAUUGUGCUAUCAUGGCUCUGCACAACCGCUACAACAUGGAGCGCGAGAAGCCCCUGCAGGUGUCGUACUGUGGGAAGUCUGAGGUCAUCUCCGAGUAUGGCCGGGAGCAUGCACUUAGGCUCCAUCGUGAGAACAGCGCGAACCCUGCCCCUCCUGAACGAACAGUGCCACAGUGA